AUGGUGCGGCCGCUCAGGCCGUCUCGACCUCCUGACCCUCCUGACCCAACCCAGCGGACAGAGAGACAAGCUGUUGAAGCUCAUGAUAUCAAUGCAAGCAUUACACCUACCCCGAAUGUUGCUGAAGAGCAAGAUGUUGACGUGUGGUCCUCUGCGGCAGUCUCCAAACUUCGGCAGGAAUUUACGGCUGAAGCCAGAGCUUUAGAGGAACAGACACGGGAGCUGUACCGUAUGUAUCAUCUUGCAACCUGUGAAUACCCGCUGCAUGCUGACUCUGCCAUCAGAGCAAUGACGGACGACGAAAAAGCGAGGCAGCCCUCGUCGCCGACGUGCCAGCUCGAGUACGCUUGGGAAAAGGCAUACCCCGUCAGUCGGUACUACGGGAACUGGCAGCAAGCAAUGCGACUACAGCUGACGCCAAGAUCAGGAUGA